AUGAAGCUUUCUGGAUAUUUGGCGCUUUUUCUCCUUAUUGCAAAAGCAUGGGCGUCUAUUCUAGCCAUUGAUUUUGGCCUGGAGUAUUCCAAGGCGGCCAUGAUUGCGCCCGGGGUCUCGUUUGAUCUGAUCUUGACCGACGACAGCAAGCGGAAACACCAGUCAGGGGUGGCGAUUUUGGCUAAUGACGGCGAUAUCGAGCGCAAGUUCAACUCCCAUGCAUUCAGCGCAUGUACAAGAACACCACAGAGCUGUUUUUUUGACCUCAAGACGCUCCUGGGUCGCCAGAUCGACGACCCUGAAGUGACACGUUUCGAGAAAAAUCACCCAGCACUCAAGGUUGUGGAGUCGAAAAACCAGCGUCGCACCGUCGCCUUCACCGUCGGAGACGAAACGUACUCGGUCGAGGAAGUUCUUGGAAUGGUUUUCGAGGAGAUCAAAAAACAGGCCGAGGCCAACUGGGAUCAGUCGAUUGGAGGCUCUGGAAAUACCAUUUCGGACGUGGUCAUCUCUGUUCCUGGAUACCUGGGCCAGGCCCAGCGCACUGCGUUGAUCGACUCGGCAGAGAUUGCCGGGUUGAACGUGGUUGCCUUGAUCGACGACGGACUCGCAGUUGCCCUGAACUACGCUUCCACUAGAGAGUUCCCUGAGAAACAGUACCAUGUGAUCUACGACAUGGGAGCAGGCUCUACCAAGGCCACUCUUGUGUCGUUUGCACAGGAGAAUGGAACGUUGAAGAUCGAAAAUGAAGGGUACGGCUUUGACGAGUCGUUUGGCGGAAGUCUGCUGACCCAGUCGUUGAAAGAAAUCAUUGAGGACAAGUUCUUGGCUCAGCAGAAAAAACUCAAGAGUUCUGCCUUGGCCGCAGAUUCUAGAGCUAACAAUAGACUCUGGCAGGCCGCCGAAAAAGCAAAGCUUGUUCUUAGUGCCAACACAGAAACCAAGGUGUCUGUGGAGUCUUUGAUCAAUGACAUCGACUUAAAAGUCACGGUGUCUAGAGAUGAGUUUGAGGAGUACGUUACUCAACACAUGGAUCGAGUCAUUGCUCCGCUGACCAAAGCAGCGGGCACUGCCAACGUCGAUUCAGUGAUUCUGGCUGGUGGUUCCACCAGAGUUCCGUUUGUUCAAAAACAUUUGGUGAAAUAUUUGGGAACAGACGACUUGCUCAGUAAGAACGUUAAUGCCGACGAGGCUGCCGUUUUCGGUGCACUUCUAGGCGGCGUUUCGAUUUCCGGCAAAUUCAGAACCAAGCCGAUCGAGCUUGUCCAGCGUACUACUAGAAACUACGAGCUCAACGCUGGAUCUCAAGAGACAGUUGUUUUUUCGGAGAACGAGCCAUCUGGCUCUGUGAGUGUUGCAUUGAGCGGAUUGAAGGACACGUUUGGCGAUUUGGAGAUUGAUUUCUUGGAAGACGGCGUGCUGUACUCGCAGUACAAGUUUAAAAACGAUUUGAAUUCGACUGUUUGUCCAAAUGGCGUGGAAUACUACGCCAACUGCUCGCUUUCCACCGGCAAAGUGUUCUCGCUUAACAGUGUCGAGGCCCUGUGUCCGGGCGAAGAACCUGUCAACAAGUCCCUCACCGCGAGACCAACACAUGUCUCCUACAAGCCCCUGGGAGCAGCUUCCAAAUACCAGUCUGCCUUGAAACUGAAGUCGCUGACCAACAAAGAUAAACAGAAGCUGCAACGCGAGGAGCUGAUCAACACUCUGGAGGCCUCUUUGUACGAUCUCCGUGCGUACGUGGAAAACGACGAGGUGGUGGCCAACGGUCCACCCUCGAUGGUUAAGAACGCCAAGGAGCUGGUGUCGGAACUGCUGGAGUGGCUGGAGGCUGUUCCAAAAGAAACGACAACUAAGGAGAUCCAGGACAAGCACGACGAGGUGCGUGUGGCCAAGAUCAAGAUCCAGACGUAUGUUUCUCUUGGCGACCGGCUUCUGAGUCUGGAAGAAUUCUCGAGACUCAAGGAAAAAGCUCUUGAAACCAUGUACAACUUACAGGACUUCAUGUUGACGAUGUCGGAGGACGCGUUUGCCAUGAAGGCCAAUUACACGGAGCUGGGACUGGACUUCGAGGACGCCAACAAGCGCAUCAAGAUCAAGGUCCCGGAGAUUGACGAGCAGGAGCUGCAGGGCAGAAUGAAGCGGAUCAGCGACUUCUGCGGCGUUGUGGAGCAUUUCGAGACCCACGAGGGCGAGAUAGAAACCAAGGAGAAGGAGGUGUUGUACGAACUGAGAGAAAAAGUGCUGGAGGAGCUCAAGGAGGUGCAGAGCACGUACAAGACGUUGAAACAGGUCCACGACAAACGGAUCAAGGGGCUGAAGGAAAGACUCAGACGCGCUAAGAAGAAGCAGGAGGAGAAGGCCGCCACACAGCCGGUCUCCUCGGAAACGUCGCAACAACCUGUCUCUUCGUCUCUUCACGACGAGCUGUAG